AUGAUAUAAGAAGCUUAUUUCAUUUGUGUGAGUGCCCAAUGUUAGUAAGAUAGAAUAUUAAAUGAUUGGGAAUCAAUUGUGGCUCAUCAAAAUGAAGGUCAUGAAGUAUUAGAAAAAGAGGAUUUAAUUAAUACCAUAAAUGCUAAAUUAAAUAAGAAAAAGGCUACAUUGCUUUAAGAUUUAUUGGCUAGAAUCCACAAAAUAAUGAUUAAUUAGGAAGAUGCUUUGAUAUCAUUUAUAAAUCAAACAUUUUUUGAAACCUAUAAAAAUUGGAAAGAAUAAAUCUAAUCAUAUUAACAAUUUCAAGAUUAUCUACUUCCUAAUCAAAUUGAUUAAGAUACAACAAUUUCUAAACUAAUAGAUGUAUAUUAGAAUUUAGAUAAUGAAUAACUUCAUUUUUUUAAAGAUUGUUUAUAUUAGACAGAAUAUCAAUAUAAUGAACUUUAAAAAUAAAUUAAGUUGCAUUUCACUAAAACUGAUUAAGAAUUUAAAUUACUCCAAUAAUCUUUAUUUAAUUAAAUAAAAGAAAACAAAAGAUAAAGAGAAUUUAAAUUAUAAUAAUAUCAAUAAAAUGAAAAUAAAAUUAUAAAUCUUCAAAGUGUCUAAUCAUAAUCUAUUCCAAUAAUAUAAAAAGAUAAAUUAAUCAUUAAUACAAUUGAUAAUAAUAAUAUGCUUAAAGAAAUUUAAUUAAAAAGCGAUUUUCAAAAUCAAAAGGAUCCCCUUAUUAUAACUGAAUAAAGAGAUUAAUCAUAAAAGAAUCAUAUCAAUCUUUAAGAAAAUGGAAAUGGUUAAAAUAUGAAUAACAACAAUAAUAAAUAAAAUGAAAAAUAACAAAAAUAUAUUGUAUUAACUAAAUAAAAUUAAGCUCGUAAAAAUUAGAAUUUUGAACAAUAACCCCAUCUUAAAUAAAAUAUCUAAGAACAAUCUUAAAGUCCAAUUCUAUCAUAAGAAAUCUAAUACUAAUAAUAAAUCCAAUCAUCAGAAAAUAUUAUUAAUUGUAAUUCAACAAAGUAAAUUAUUGAUACUAUCCCUUAGAAUCAAAAAUUACCUUUAAGAGGAUAUAAAGAUAAUUAAUAAUAAUUAUAAUAAUAAAAUAAUAAUAUUGUAUAAUAGAAUACUCAAAAUAGUAAUAGUAAAAUCUAAUUACCCCCUGAUUAAUCUAUUAAAAAAAAUAAUGAAAUUGUUCAAGAAGUAAGUUUGUCACCACAAAAACCUCCACCUUUAAAAGGAUAUAAGGAUAGAUAAACUGAAGAAUAAAAAGUGAUCAAAUUGGCAAGAUCUAAUGAUAAAAGAAAUUAUUUAGAUACUGAUCAAAUAAAAGAAAUAUAAUAAAAUACAUCUAAAAGAUUUGAUAUUGAUAAAUCUGAAAAACAUAUGAAAUAUUCUAAUAAAUUUAGCACAAUAUUUAGUAUAAAAGAAUGUUUUGCUAUUGUGGAGGGUGUUUUUAAAUUAACAGAAUAGAAUUAAUUUCAUAUUUAUAUAAGAUCUUCAGUUGAAAAUUAUGAGAUAGAAGCAGGAAUGGUUAAUUUAACUUAAAUUAAAUAAAAGUAAGUCUUUCCAAAAAUUUAUGGAAUCAAUGAAAAAGGAGGUAAUAUCUAUAUUAAUAUUAUUAGAAUGUUUAUCAACUUAAAUAAAAACUCCAAUUUAAUUGCUUUUGAAUUGUUCUUACUUAUUUGCUUUUAUAAAAGAAGAGAAAACUCUUGUGUGUUUAGAUUUAAUGAAAAAUAUUCAAUAUGCAAUUAAAUUACCAAACGAUGAAAUUUCAGAUUAUGUGUUUUUUAUCAAAAUGAGCAACCUAGAAGUCUAACUCAUUUGA